AGGACAAAGGCCAGAAUGUGCAGCAUUAUCUGUGUGACAGUUCUCCCCAGUGGCUUGGAUCACUCCCUCUCGACAACACCAGAAGAUGGGGAAGGAGCGUGUUAUACAUCUCUGAUUUCCGACAUCUGUUACCCACCUCGAGAGGAGUCUACCUACUUCACUGGGAUUCUUCAGAAGGAAAACGGUCACAUCACUACUUCUGAGAGCUCGGAGGAGCUGGGGACCCCAGGACCCUCCUUACCAGAUGUGCCUGUGAUGGAGCCUCGUGGCUUAUUUAGUUCUGAUUCUGGAAUAGAGAUGACUCCUGCAGAGUCCACCGAAGUGAACAAGGUCCUAGCUGACCCUCUGGGCCAUAUGAAAGCAGAAGCCUGUAAGUACAUGGAUAUAACGAGGCCAGAGGAGGUGAAAUGUCAGGAGCAACAUCGCCCUGAGUUGGAGGAUAAAGACUUGGACUUUAAGAGCAAGGACACUGAAAUCUCAACAAAAGCAGGAGGCAUCCGAGAACCUGACAAACCAGCUCCUGUGGAGGGGAAAAUCAUCAAGGACCACUUGUUUGAAGAAUCCACCUUUGCUUCUUACAUAGAUGAUCUCUCUGAGGCCCAGCACAGUGCUCCUCUGGUCACGGCCCCCAUCAAAAUCACACUGACCGAAAUUGAACCUGCUGUCAUGACUGCUGUCCAAGACAAGACCCCAGAGAAGCAAGACGUCUGUCUGAAGCCAAGCCCUGACACAGUCCCCACCGUCACUGUUUCAGAGCCCGAAGAUGACAGCCCAGGAUCUGUCACUCCUCCAUCUUCUGGAACAGAACCAUCUGCUGCCGAGUCCCCAGGGAAAGGCGGCGGGUCGGAGGACGAGCUCGUGACUGCCAUCCAGGAAGCACAGGGGCUGUCCUUCGAGCCCGCGAGGGGCCCGGCGGCCGGGGGGCCCGAGGCCAAGGCCAGGUCGGGGCUGCCCACCCUGCCCGGGCCCCUGGACCACGAGGCGAGCAGCGCCGAGUCGGGGGACUCGGAGAUCGAGCUGGUGUCGGAGGACCCCCUGGCCGGCGAGGACGCGCUGCCCGCGGGGUUCGCGGCUUUCGGCUCUGGGGGCGGCCCCCCGCCGUCGCCCGCCUCCCCGGGAGUGCAGUACAGCCUGCUGCGCGAGGAGCGCGAGGCCGAGCUGGACAGCGAGCUCAUCCUCGAGUCGGGCGACGCCUCCUCGGCCUCGGAGGAGAGCCCCAAGCGCGAGCAGGACUGAGCAGCUCUGCGCCCCGGGCGGCGGCCGGCGAGGGCCCUGGAGCGCGCGGUCCCAGCGCCGUGCCCCCGCUGCCGUUCCUCAGCAGGCAGAAAGCCAUCGACCUGCUCUACUGGCGGGACAUUAAGCAGACCGGGAUCGUGUUUGGAAGCUUCCUGCUCCUGCUCUUCUCCCUGACCCAGUUCAGCGUGGUGAGUGUCGUGGCCUACCUGGCCCUGGCCGCACUCUCCGCCACCAUCAGUUUCCGCAUCUACAAGUCCGUGUUACAAGCUGUGCAGAAGACUGAUGAGGGCCACCCUUUCAAGGCCUACCUGGAGCUCGAGAUCAGCCUGUCACAGGAGCAAAUCCAGAAGUACACGGACUGCCUGCAGCUCUAUGUGAACAGCACGCUGAAGGAACUGCGGAGACUGUUCCUCGUCCAGGACCUCGUGGACUCCUUAAAAUUUGCAGUGCUGAUGUGGCUCCUGACUUAUGUUGGCGCGCUCUUCAACGGCCUGACCCUGCUUCUCAUGGCUGUGGUUUCGAUGUUUACUCUACCUGUAGUGUAUGUUAAGCACCAGGCACAGAUUGACCAAUACCUGGGACUUGUGAGGACUCACAUAAAUGCUGUCGUGGCAAAGAUCCAGGCUAAAAUCCCAGGUGCCAAAAGGCACGCCGAGUAGGUGGCUGUCCCGGCGGGGACUGGACACACACAGGGAUGUCUGAGUGGUAACAGCUUCCAUCUUAAUUGUUACUGCAAAUCGAUCGUUUCCCCCACACCACCAUAAUCUUAGAGGCAAACUUUGAAACAGCUGUUUUUAGGCUGUUCUUGUGCUCUUAGGAUAUUUGAGUCACUUGUGUCAAGCACUAAAGUAUAGAGAAAAGUGUAUUAGACGUGGUUUUUAAUUUCGUGUUGCGAACAAAAGUGCAUGAUGGUGCGAGCCCAUGUCGUCGUUCCUCCCUCGCUGCCCCCUCCUCUCCGCAGUGCUUCUUAGCUUCUCAUGUCCCUGCGGCCAGGCCCUUCCUGCCGAGUGCUGACGCAAUAGUGGAAGUCGCUUCUGUGUCUUUGGGUUGCUGGUUGGGUGAAUCUUUAAUAACACUAUAUAGAAUUGUAGACUAAUGUUUAGCGUUUUUUCCAAAACACACAAUGUAAAAAUUUAAAAUGUCCACCAUACUUACAGUAAUCGGUUUUGUAUAACUUAAAAUAAUUAAAUGAAUAAACCCAAAAUGAACAUGCAGUGCUUUUGUUGUAUGGGAUUGAUGGGCUGAUUUACAUGUGUGGUAACUGAAAAGUACCAGCAUGUUAACUUUAUUACAAUUUGUAUUACUUUCUCUGUAGUUCCUAAUGGACUUAAUUAUGGACUCUGGAUAUUUGCACUUAUGUACUUGAUACUGAAUGCAUAAAUAAAUGUUACUAAAUGUAGAAAG